AUGGCACAGACGAACAGCUUUCAUCGACUUCUUUUGAUGGCACUAUGCAGUAUGCUGUGUACCAGAACCAUGAGUCUACCUGCUGUCGCCGCAUACUCAGUCAGGUCAGGGACUGUUGAGACAGAUGGGAAGGGUGACUGGGAGCAGAGUCUGUCAAUAAAUGACAUGGAAACCCUUAAACUUCUCUAUGAUAUAAUUGCAAGACCAACAAGACAUGCAGAUGGUCUCUUCACAAGUGGCUACAGCAAACUUUUAGGUCAGCUUUCGGCCAAGGACUACCUUGAAUCCUUGAUUGCAAAGCGAGUCAGUAAUGACCUCAUGGAGGACCGGUUUCCAGUAAAACACCACUCAGACGCUGUGUUUUCAGACAACUACAGCCACUACGGAAAACAGAUGGCCAUCAAGAAAUACUUGAAAUCAGCUCUGUCAAACAAGAGGAGGUAG